AUGAAACAAGGCUCAGACUCUCAGGAGACCAUUAGCAGUAGCAGCACUUCAGAUUCAAACACCUUCUACGAAGAUGACUUCAGCACUUCUGAGGAGAGUAGUGAAGAUGAUGACUCGGAACCCAUUCUUGGACACUGGCUAGAGGAGGCUUUAUCACCUUGUGAUUCUGUGAACACAACUCCACCGCCUCCACCUCCUCCCCGUGUGGAUGGGAUUUUGGAGAGUAAGAGGCAGAGAGAAGCCAGUGUUGGGGAAGGAGGACCUAAUCUUGUUCCGGAUAAGCGGGAACCAGAAGGAUUCACAACACUGGUCAGUAAUGUGAUGAACUUCUUCAAUGCUCAUCUGCUGACAUCUCGAAACAACACCAUCAGGGCAAUUACCAAAUCUGGUUUCACACAAGAACAUGUGACCAUGAUUGCUCAGCUUACCAAGGAUCUGGACAGGGAGUGUGCCAGAGUCGACAAUGAUAAAGGUUACACUGCAGUGUCAUUGGCGUUGGCUCGAUUCAACCAUAACCUCGUUGCUACUGCCUGUCUAUCAGAACAGCUUCAGGACUUUUACCUGACUGCACUAGGAGUGAGCCCUACAAGCACCGAUCCUUGGCCCCUGACUGUGUACCCUCGAAGCCUGGCUGUGCUUGUCAGUGUGUUGUUGCGCAGGCAGCAGCAGGAGCGGGCAGAUGAGGAGAUCACAAACAUUGGCUCAUCGGAUAGUGCUGUCAUUGCUGUCUGGGACAAGUUCCUGAAACGUCUGCGUGCUGCCAUAGAAAGCUGUGAGAAUAAAACAGAGGUCAUGGAAGAUGUGAAUGUGGAGCACAUGCAGGUUCUGAUGUUCCUCUUCCAUGGACUGCGUCUGACACAGAAGAAAGGCAUCUUGGUGAAGAUUUGUCAGCUUGUCUUGGAUGUGGCACAGAUUGAGAGGAGUUUGAUGGAAAAGACAGUCCCCUUGACUUUGAGUCGCCUGGUGCUGGUACUAGAGUAUCUGUUGCACUUCUUCUAUGAUCCUCCCAUGCAGCUGAUAGAACAGGUUCAGCACAAUCUGUUCACAUCACACACAAUCCCAGUUGAUAAGGAGGGUGCCAGCAGGGCUACAAAAUACUUUGCUUGCCGUGAGGUAGAGGAAAACUUUCGCAAGAGCCUGCCAGUGCCAGAAACAGCAGAAGCAGGGGCUGUUAAACCCAGAUUUUAUCAUCUCUGCCCACCUGAUCCAAACAUCCAGGAAGUGGUGAAAAUUGAUGGUCUGGCUGUGAGUGUCCUCCUGGGCCGUGAAGAUGUACUCAACUACAACCAGUUGUACAACUCCUGUAUCAAACUUUUGAUGGCCGGCUCUCAGUGUGACAAAACCAAAGACAAACUCUCACCUCUGGACACAUCUGCCAUGCACUAUCACUUCUUGCUGUUGUGGCGCUUGCUGUCAUGUUUGCCACCUUCUGUGGAGUAUGUUCAGCUCCUACGUGACACAGCCCUCAACAUGGGACGAGCUCAUGUGCUACACACUCUACGAUGGGCCCCUCGGAUUGGACAUAAGGCUUACUCAUCGUGGAUCCAGGAUUGCCUGGUGAAGCAGGGCUUGAGUGCAGCUGAUGCCAGUGAGCUUCUGAAGACAGCAGCAGCAUUUAGCAAUACAAGCAGAUAUGAUGUCAUGUUGGCAAUGGGAUACAUACGGGACCAGAUUUCCAAACUGCCUUGCAUUGCCACAAAUGACCCUAGUCCGAAAGAUCUUCCUGGCAUGUCAGACAUCCUUAUUCUCGACGCUGUUGUGGCCAAAUGUCAAGUUUCACUGGAUGACACAUACACUAAAGUUACA